UGUAUCUGUGUGCCAUAACUAGUUGUAAGGUCCAUUCCCGUGAGCUUACAAAUUAUCUAUUUCCAUCCACAGAACCUGAAUCUGUCACCUUUUCUCUGUAUCUUUCUCACACAAUACAAUAACAUUGCUUCAAAUCAAAACCAACUUUCAAAUCCUGACCCACCUUUGCUUUUUCUGAUCGCCACCAUCUUUUUGCCUUCCAAAUCCUAUUUCGUAACACCCCAUUUCCAUUUCUUCCCAAAGUUCAUUCCUUUUUCAGAUUUUUCUUUAUCUGCAGGAAAAAUCUAUCAGUUAUAAUUCCAAAUGUCUUCGUCCACUCUCAUCUGUGACACUCAGCCAUGGAAGGAGUUAGAGGCCCACGCUGUGGAUGUUAAAAAGACUCACUUACGUGAUUUAUUGAGUGAUGAGGAGAGAUCCCGGUCAAUGGUGGUUGAAUUUGAUGGAAUUCUAUUGGAUUACUCGAGGCAGUUAGCCACGCUUGAAACAAGGGAAAAACUCUUCAAAUUGGCAGAGGUUGCAUCCCUCAAGGAAAAGAUAAACCGGAUGUACAAUGGGGAGCAUAUAAACAGCACUGAGAAUAGAUCAGUACUUCAUGUAGCUCUUCGUGCUCCAAGAGAUUCUGUUAUACAGAGUGAUGGAAAGAAUGUUGUCCCAGAUGUUUGGAACGUUCUGGACAAGAUCAAGGAGUUCUCUGAACGGAUUCGCAGUGGAUCUUGGGUUGGAGCUACAGGAAAGGAAUUGAAGGAUGUUGUUGCUGUUGGUAUUGGUGGCAGUUUCUUAGGUCCAUUAUUUGUGCACACAGCUCUUCAAACAGAUCCUGGAGCAAUUGAAUCUGCAAGAGGGCGUCAGCUACGGUUUCUUGCAAAUGUUGAUCCAAUUGAUGUUGCUAGGAAUAUCACGGGACUAAAUCCUGAAACAACCCUUGUAGUGAUUGUUUCAAAGACUUUUACAACUGCCGAGACCAUGUUGAAUGCCCGAACACUAAGGGAAUGGAUUUCUUCUGCCCUAGGGCCCUCAGCAGUUGCAAAACAUAUGGUGGCAGUCAGUACCAAUCUCACACUUGUGGAAAAGUUUGGCAUUGAUCCUAAUAAUGCUUUUGCAUUUUGGGACUGGGUUGGUGGCCGAUAUAGUGUCUGCAGUGCUGUUGGAGUAUUGCCAUUAUCCCUACAAUAUGGUUUCUCAGUAAUUGAGAAGUUUUUAAAUGGGGCUUCCAGCAUUGAUCAACAUAUGUAUUCAGAACAAUUUGAAAGAAAUCUACCUGUGAUUUUGGGACUGUUGAGUGUAUGGAAUGUCUCAUUUCUUGGAUAUCCUGCCCGAGCUAUCUUACCAUAUUCUCAAGCCCUGGAGAAGUUUGCCCCUCACAUUCAACAGGUUAGCAUGGAAAGUAAUGGCAAGGGUGUUUCAAUUGAUGGUGUGCCACUACCAUUUGAGGCUGGUGAAAUUGAUUUUGGUGAACCAGGAACAAAUGGGCAGCACAGUUUUUAUCAACUUAUACACCAGGGACGUGUUAUUCCUUGUGACUUUAUUGGGGUUGUGAAAAGUCAGCAACCUGUUUACUUGAGUGGAGAGGUGGUGAGCAACCAUGAUGAGCUAAUGUCAAACUUUUUUGCACAACCAGAUGCACUUGCCUACGGGAAGACAUCCGAACAGUUGCAGAAGGAGAAUGUUCCUCCACAUCUUGUGCCACACAAGACAUUUUCCGGGAAUCGACCUUCUCUCAGCCUUCUGCUUCCAUCAUUGAAUGCCUACAACAUUGGACAGUUGUUGGCAAUCUAUGAACAUAGAAUUGCUGUGGAAGGUUUUAUUUGGGGAAUCAAUUCUUUUGACCAGUGGGGAGUGGAGCUUGGGAAGUCGUUAGCCACUCAAGUGAGAAAGCAACUCAAUGCAUCCCGCACACAAGGAGAACCAGUUCAAGGCUUUAAUUUCAGUACUACUUCUAUGUUGACAAGAUACCUUCAGGCAAGUGCAGAUGUACCAGCUGAUCUUCCAACUCGUUUACCUAAGAUAUAACUGCCUUUUUCUUGAGGAAUGUUAUUUUUUUUAUCUUGAUAUUGAAUCAAAGUGUUGUUACCAAUCUCAUAUAAGCUGUGACAGGUUACACAGCAGCCUUCAAACUUCUGUUUCUGAACUAAUUAAGUAGUUCUGGCUUAUUACAGUCAUCCUUCAAUUUUGUUGUGAAA